GGUGCAUCCUGGGAAAUAAACUAACAUGGGUACGUGAAACCAUGCAGGGCUUGCACGUCUCUCCCCAUGACGAGAGAUGAAGAAAAUUUAAGAAAAUCACUCCCAAGGCGAAACGGCACAUAUUCAUCCGGCACAUCGCCACAGCUUCGCGGUUCUUGCGGACUGUGAAGUGCUCCGACGGGGCUGCCUCGCCUUUCCAGGUCGGUCUGUCGGGUUAGUGGGUCGGACCCUGGCUGCUACGAUGUAUGUCCGCUGCUCCACGAAGCUCCGUCGGGGAAGUGAAUCUUUCACCGGAUGAUGGACAGGAACUACCCGACCUCCAGCUUCGCGGACGCGCUGGCUGCUCCAGCACAGACCGUAGCUUCUUGGGCCUAUGACCGCAGCACGGCUAGUGUCAAGCCCAGUUCCAGUUAUGGUGCAGCACACCUUGAGGCAGAGCUCCUCCAGCGGCAGAGCUAUACUUCAACCCACCAGCUUCCCACCUACACUACAUCACACCUUCCUGCUGCAGCAGGAACACUUGACUCGAGCAGUAAUACUUCUGAGACCUCAAUCAUGAGCUUCCUGUCAGCUAUGGAGUCUAGAAGCCUUCAGGCUGGUCCUGUUAGUGCCUCACUACUUCCUCCUUUCAGACCUCCAUCAUGGCCUGCUGGUACAAACUCAUCAACCACAGAACUAUAUUUGACUGGGGCCCUGCCUUCUACUGCUACCUUCCCCUCUCCUGCUGCUCUGUCAUCCUAUCAGCACACUGGUGCCUACCCUCCCAGGAGUUAUGCCACAAACCCUUCCUUGGCUCUCCCGGAUCCUGCCUUCAGCCCUUCCACCAAUGGCCUGUUUUCUCACCAUGACCCCCUCCUUCAUCUCAAAUCAAGCCAGACUGUGCUUCCCACUGCACUGGCUUUCAAUCAUCUCUCUGCAUCCGCUCUGGGCUCGACUCUGCCAGUCCAGUCCUCCACUUACCGCUCGGCCCAGGAGUCAGCCCCCCACCUCUUACAACCCCAGUUCAGUCUGCUACCUUCUGGCCUGCCAGCUCCUCAUGGCACUUCACAACCAUACGGGGCCACGGUUUUCUCAGGCUCCAUUGAACGAGCUCUUCAGCGUGAAUGUAGUGUGAUUAAACACCACCAGAGGCCUUCUAGUAGCCACGCAGCACCCGAGCAAUUGUCCAAUUCAGAGCACUCCUUACAGGGAUACUUUGGCUCUGGCAAUGAAGCGGAUGUGUCCUAUGAGCAGGACCCGUCCCGACAGACCCAAGUGUCCUGCAGCCCUUCCACAGGCCAAGAUUCCUCUCAAGGGGUCAGUCGUGCUCCACAACCCAAAACAGACUCAGUUACACAAGUAUAUUCAUCCACUUCUUUGCCAAAGGCUAAAGACUGUUCUUCAAAACUGGUUCAACACUCUGCUGGUGCUGAAGAGAGUCACAGACACUCUCAGAACCUUUCAGCAGGGUCUCCAGAUAAUUAUUCCCCAGGUCAAAAACAGAACUCAGUGAUUGCUAAUCAGCAGUCAAUCCAGCUCUCCAGCCUUAUGUCCAGUAGUCUGGCUCAAACCUACAUCACCCCCCACACCCAGUCGCAAAACUCCAAUUCCACCUCGGGCAAACUCUCCCCACUUUACAAGACUCUGCCUUCUCUCUCUAGCCAGUCUAACAAUGUUGCAUCUGUAAGUCAGGCUCUUAUUUACUCUUCCAGUCCUGGGCUGAGCCAGGAGCAGGAGAUCCAGUAUGGAGCCCAGGUCCAGGGCUUGUGUCAGGGGAAUCUCUCUGAGAGUUACCCCACAGCCAACUCUCAGGGUGCCCCAAGUGUGACUUUUACAUCUCACUCUCAGGUGCAAGCUUCGGUAACUCAAACUCAGAGCUACGCAACAGGACAAUCCCUUAACCAAUCCUUAAACUCACCUUAUCAAUCCACAUGUGUACGGAGUCUGCCCACACCAAAUUCUACGCAGGACUACACCCUCAUGCAGUCGUCAUUGGGAAGUAAAACACACGACACUCUGUCCCAGCAGCAGACAAUGUCAUUGCCGACAUACUCUUCAACUGCUCAAGCCUUACAAAUCAAUGCUAGGUCAUCAAUCCAGGACAUCAAGCUAACAUACAGUAAACAGAAACUUGAAGAGCUUCCUAUCCAGGAUCUAGAUGCUCUCCAACAAGCAUCUAUGGAAGCCUCUGCUGCGGCAAGCAAUAUGUCUGCUCAUAACAAUGUCAUCUAUGUUGUUUCAAAAAUGGAUGAUCAUCAGAAAACCCAAAGUGUCAUCCGAAGCAAUUCACGCUCUGAUGAUCAGCUCAUGGGACUGGGUCAUACAAACACAGCACAGCUAAAGGAUGAAAGGAUUGAUUCUUUGAGCCAACAGCACAUUCAUCUAAGCAGUACAAAUGGUCAUGAUACAAGAACCCUGAAAAGCACCAACUCCAGUAUUAUAGCGUCACAUGUACCUCUUAGCUCAGAACAGCUCAAGCAGCAGUUGCUCCAACUUAAAUCUCCUGAGCCACAUCAACCAAACCAUCAGAAUCAUAGUCAGUCCCAAACCACUGCACCCCACACCCAAUUUAUUACUGUCCCCAGCACUCAGGUUCUCCUUGACCAUAACCAGAUGAUUCUGCUCCAGCAGUCCCUCGCACAUCAUACCCAGAACACUUCGAAGGUGGUAUCAGUGCAAGGUAUUCCACCAGGACACGAUUUGGGUCCUGUACAUGUUCAGUACCUUCAGAUGGAUCGAGAACUUCUUGGUCCCAGUGUCACUGAAACUCAGAGUCAGCAGGGCACAGUAGUGUCCGAACAGAGCUCAGGAUGCCCUGAAACCUCCAAACAACACUACAGCCAGUCCACAAACCAGCAACCCAGUGAUGCCAAGAACCACUUUGCUCUCAACUCUAUUUGCUUCCCCGACUCCAUGCUACUUGGAGAUGACAGAAAUAUUUUGUCAAAUGUUGAUGACAUCCUAGCUGCCACCGUGGCAGCCUGUGGUGUCACACCACAAGACUUUGUCAAAGCUACGUCCUCUGCUGAGGCUGAAAUGGCAGUGAUGUCAAGUCCAGUUGAUUCUAAAGGCCACUUCCAGACGGUGGAUAUGAGGCACAUGUCGCCAAGUUUUACACACUCUCACGCCAUGGCCAUGACACUAAAUGGAGCUCAGAUGGCCACAGACUGUCAGGGUCAGUCUGUCCACCACAACAACAGCUCUGACCUCGAUUCAAAUGGAGAUGGAGGGAGCUCUGAGAACGACUAUCACUUAGCCGGGCAGGUGUAUGACCCGUCAGGUCUCCAGAGCAGAGUCAAAGGGAAUGUGAAAUGUAUUAAAACAGAGGAUGGCCUCAUGGACAGCCAAGGAGUUGAAGACUUUCCCAAAAAGAAGGCCCGCUCGAAGACCUUGAUGAAACCAGGGGGUCCUGAGGAGGAUAAUGGACAGGCAAGAGCGUCAAAGCGUGGUGGGCAGGCGAAGCGACAGAACUCCAGGGGUAGUGACGUCAGCUCGCCAUCUUCUUUACAGAAUGUAUACGAUGGUUGUCUGCAGCAGGAAAGAAUCAGGCAGAAGAUCCGCGAAGUGGAAGAGAAACAGCCAGAGGUCAAAACCGGUUUCAUAGGCUCGUUCCUCGACUUCAUCAAAUCUGGUCCCAAACAGCAAUACUCUCCGAGUCCUACACGAACGAUAAGUCGCCAGAAAAAGCCGUGCACCUCAUCCAAACCACCGCCGUGUGCUUUGCCAUCUUUGCCUCCCAAACUGCAGACUCUACCCAGUCCAUUGAUUCCCCAGGAGAGUCAAGGAGUGAGCUCUCAGCAGAAACGUCUGGAUGACGAUUUGCAAAAGAACUUGGAGACUCUGCCGUCUUUCAGUUCAGAUGAAGAGGAGAACACUGGGAAGAACCAGGCCCUGAGGAACAGCAUCACCUCAGCACUUUCAGCCCUGGAUGAGUCUACAGAUCGGAAAACCAGAACAGAUAACCAAAUCCCUGGUUCAGUGAUGAAGCCACAACAGGUUCCCACCAUGCCACUCCUCGUCCCUGAGGCCCGAAUGUCACAGGUCGUCACUCCUACUCAGACAACAAUCGCCGUGUCAAGAGGGACUACCUUUGUGGCCAAUAAGGAGUCCAAAGAGACCCCUCCAGGCCAGUUGGCUGUGAGGCUUACGAGUGUGGCCAUCGAGGGACUGACUGACGAGGAGCUGUCUGACAGUGGAGGAGAGGGAAUGUACAGAGAGAGGGACGAGUUCGUCGUCAGGAAUGAGGACAUCGAAAGCCUAAAGGUGACAAUGAGAGCAGGCAGCGAGCCUCCAGCCAUCUGGAAAGUCCAGAAGGCUCUGCUGCAGAAGUUUGUGCCUGAGUUGAGAGAUGGAAAGAGAGUCUUCUCAGCUACGAACAGUUAUCUUGGAUACUUUGGUGACGCCAAGACAAUGUACCAGAGAGUCUACGUGAAGUUCUUGGACACGGUUAACAAAAGAGAGUAUGUACGAGUUUGCAGUCGGAAGCCGCGCUGCAAGCCAAUGAACUCCCUAAGGGGUGUUCAGGUGAAAACUUUGCUGGGCCUGACAGCCGCCCCGUCCUCAGUCUCCUCGAGCCAAAAGCCUCGACCCAAACAGCUCAAGACCCGGGCAGAACCUCCGCCUAAGAAGAGGAGGAAAUGGAAGGAGGAGUUUUCGCCCACUGCCUCUGGAUCAUCUGCAGAAGAAGGUGGUGAAGAUGAUGAGUUAAACCCCCCUGUUCCGUUCGCUUCACGGCUCCUCAACACACGAACCACGAAGGAGACAUUCAAGAGCUUUGUGGAAGUGCUCAUCGGCAUUGCCUUAGACGAAGAUGUGAUCACAGCACUUGAGAGGGCAAAUGAUGAAUUGCUGCUGCCACAUAUGAAAAGAGUUGAUGGGAUGAUCACAGACAACAGGAAGCGCCUGCUUCACAAACUGCACAUAGGGCAGGUCCUAAAGACGGCUCUUGACAGCUUCCCAGAGAUCUCAGUGGUGACUGAACUUAAAAAGGAUGGGGAAACCCCAGCCUUUAAGGUGCGUCUCAGCGGGAAGGCCUACAACAAGAAAACCAUGAAACCUUACAAGAUGCCCAACAAAGUGCCUCAGGAGUAUACAGUGGACCAGCAGAAAACUCAGUGGUUCUCUCUGUACCACUCUUUGCAGCACUACAAGUACCACACGUACCUCAUGUGUAAGGACGAGAUUGCAUCUCUGCGCUUGCAGGUCGGGGACCUGGGGCAGGAGGAGACGGUACAGAAGUGUCUGCAGAACGGAGCGUGGGUGGAGGGGCUGUUCGAUCGCUUUGGAGAGCUAAUAAGUCAGGUGCAGCAGGCCUGCCGAUGACUGAAAACAAGUUCAGACAAGAAGAUUCCUCCAGCAGAAAAAGGGUUGAGUGAGUCUCUCCUUGGAGCCGCAGAGAGAUUUGAACCAGGGACCUGUCAGACAACUUGCCUGAAAGACUUUGGAUGGCUUGUAGUCUGAAGGGGCAGCAGGUGAACAGCAGGAACGUUUAUGACCUGCAUCGCUGCAUCCCAGCAGAAAGCAGACGCUUGACGAACAGAGGACACGGACAUGUUUUUGUAAUCAUUUUGGGAGACUUCCACUUUCAUGCCUCUCCUCGUCUUUGUAGGUUUUUGUAGUUACAAGCCCACUUUUUAUGGGCCUUUUCAUAGAUUUCUAAUGUUUUUUUUUUAUGUUUUUGGUUGUUUUUAGUUCACAGCCAGAUCAUAACCCGUGAGUAAGCACUAGAUAGAAAGCAGUCGGUGUAGAGAGUAGAGCACAGUAAAUAUAAUACAGGAUUCUGAUUGCCUACAGUUAUAACAAGCUUUCUUCAAUCAUUUGAGAAGUAUGCUCACAUACAGCCAGGUUGAUUUAUUGUAAAAAAAAAAUAAAAAAAUAAAAAAAAUACAACGAUAUAUUAUAUAUAACCGUAGAUAUACUGUUUGUAAAAGAUCCAUUUUUGUAAUGGAGCACAGACUUAUAUAUAAUGUAAAUUUUGUAUAAAAGAACCGGGAGAUGGGAACUACAACAAGUCUUUUAGUAACUAUUUACUUUAUGUAUACAGUUGUUUGAACCUUUGUGCUUCAGACAGCACUUUGCUUUCAAGAGAAAAGUCCGACCUGUUCCAGGACUGAGUUUUAUGAACUUUGUUAAUCAAAUAUUCUGACCUUGACUUUACCGAGGGUAAAAUAAAAAUACAUAUAAGUUGUCUUUAUACUGCUUUACAGAUGUAGCCCACAUUUUAUGACGAAUAGAUCUAUAUUUUCACAGAAGUAAAUAAAUAUUAUGUUAUUUGAUCAUCACAAUUUCGGAGACACUUUCCCAUUGUUGUUUUCUUUAAUUGGAUUCUUCAUAAGAUGCUUACCAACUUUUAUGUUAUCAAAAAAUGGCCUUUUUCUUUACAGAUGCAGUUUGAAAAUAAAGAGCCGCAUGUAUUA